GACUCUUUCGCGAAGCCUCUGAGAGACCGGGGUGAAGCACUUCCAUUGCGUUGCGCUCUCAGAGCUUGACCACCUCGAUAUAGUUGCGGCGGAGUUCGCAGCUUAGCUAGACAUUCUAAGUCAACUUGACCUUUAAUCUGCUCGUCUUUGCGGCAGUCGAUAUGGCUUUCGAAUGCGGAUCAGUUUGGCUCGACAAGUGGAAGUACGAUGAAGCCGAAACCAGGUACUACCUCUGGCUGCAGAAGAAGCUCUACGGCAUCGAUGUCAAGGCUACCUCGGUCGGUGAGAGCAGCGCGGUCUCCAACAACAAACGAGCCGCUGCCGUGAGUUCGCAGAGCCAGGCCGCCGAUACAAAGCCAGUAGGAUCGCUAUCGGGUCAGAUCGCAGCCGCAAGACAGCAGAUAAAAGAAUCGCUCGCAAGCAGCGAAAUGGCCACCACUCAGCAAGUAGAGGAGCUCAAGAAGACCGUGGACUACCUGGUCGAUGCGUUGAAGAAAGUUGAACUCAGAAUGUCUAGCCUCGAGGAUGUGUGCGCAUGCGGCGCAUCGCCGAAAGCGAAGCCUGCCGCCGCGCCCAAAGCAAAACCUGCCGCAAAAAAGGCGGCGCCGAAACCUUCGGCUCCUGCCGCCGAGGACGAUGACAUCGAUCUGUUCGGAUCGGAUGACGAUGCGGAAGCCAAUGCCGUCCGUGAAGAGAGACUGAAGGCGUACGCCGAGAAGAAGUCUAAGAAGCCCGCGAUCGUUGCCAAGUCAUCCGUUGUGCUCGACGUCAAGCCAUGGGAUGAUGAAACCGACAUGAAGGCUCUCGAAUCCGCGGUGCGCACCGUCAGCAUGGAUGGACUUAUCUGGGGAACCAGUAAAUUGGUUCCUGUCGGCUAUGGAAUCAACAAAUUACAGAUCGUCUGCGUUGUCGAAGACGACAAGGUGUCUAUCGACGAAUUGGCCGAGAAGCUCGCCGAGUUCGAAGACUUCGUACAGUCGGUCGAUAUCGCAGCUUUCAACAAAAUCUAAACGUCUUAUGCCCCGCUGAUAGCAACAUCGAAAAGAGCGGAAUACAGAGACAACAUGGAACCAAGCAGAGAAUGAGUCAUCGAAUCAGCUCGCGAUUGGACUGAAUGUUGUAUUUUCUAAAUUCCUCGAGUCGCCCCGCCGUUUCUCGAUUAUCCGAGCCUCCGUCGAAACUUCGACGACUGGAAUUUGAGAGACACCGGGGUCGAACUACUCAUCGUAUGCAUUAUUGAGCGGCAACCUGCUGUGAUUGACUACAGAUCAGGUGAAAUACAAGAGACUUUUUUUGUCAGAA